AUGAAGUCAUCCUCGCAGGACUAUAAGCAGCACGCAAAAUUGGAACAGUUACAUUGCAUACUCUCCCCAUGGCCGUUCGCAAAAUGGGGAAUCGACAUAUUAGGAUCCUUCACCCCGGGGAAAGGACAAGUGAAGUUCCUCAUUGUCGACAUCGACUAUUUUAUGAAGUGGAUAGAAGCUAAGCCAUUGGCCACAAUCACAGCACAACAGGUCCAACAGUUUGAAUGGAAAGACAUCAUAUGCCGCUAUGGAGUACCGCAUACUAUCAUAACUGACAAUGGUCGACAAUUCAUUGAUAUAGAGCUCACCAAAUUCUACACUGACCUAAGCAUCAAACACAUCACCAGCUCCAUAGAGCACCCGCAAACCAAUAGACAAGUUGAAGCCGUUAACAAGGUCAUACUGGUCGAACUACGAAAACAUUUAGAUGGAGCAAAGGGUCGUUGGCCAGAAGACCUCCUGCAACCGCCGCCACACCUCUUCAUCUCGCCGGCUACCACUGCAUCACCAUCACGCCAUCUCGUCGCCGGCCACCACUGCACCUCUUCGUCCACAGACCAGCAACCACUCGCGCACCACUAUGAGCACUACAACUCGCCAGAAACAGCACCGUCCCUGCAGAACCACCACACCACCAACUUCUCGCCACCAUGGACCAAUCUCGAUGGUAGCAGGUUCACGCACCAGCAGCCAACCUCGCACUGUUCCGAUCACCGCACUUACAACCUCCAUUACGAACCAGCGACCAUCAUUUCACCACCAUCUUCAACCUUCGUUCACCACCAUGCAGAAAACGCGAACCAGAUCGGAGAACGUUUCCACCUUCGCGCCUCCAUCAUCUCCACAGAUCUGCAUCGUAGUUCCGUCACCACCAGAUCCGCGUCUAACCAUGGCAGCACCACCAGUCACGCACCAGAUCGGAGAAGAAGAACCAUUGCAUCUGCAACACUUCCCGCGAACCAGAAUAGCACCACGUCCAUGGCAGUAACACCUCGCUGGCAGCCUCCAUUCCCGCAACCUUCACGCACCAUCGCAGCAGCCAUGGCAGCCAUUGCUCCACCACCGUCAAGCCUCGUCGGAGAAGAAAAACGGCAGCAGCAGCCGUCACAGCAACUUUGCAGCCAUAGUGUGAGAGAAACCCUAGUCUAG